GAUCACUUUAGUUGCUUGUGUGUUGCUUUCCGUGGGCAUUUUCUGCCAUUUGGUUGCUGGUGAUUUCGGGUCAGCCGGACCGAUUCAAAUUGUGACGCCCGUGAAUCAUUCGUUUGCGUUGGAAUUAUACGAAUUAAAAUACAUUUUAGAGGCUGAUGACAUCAAAGAUCGUGAUGUCGUUGAGGUUUCGAUUGCUGGUGCCUAUCGCAAAGGAAAAAGCUUCAUGCUGAAUUUCUUUUUGAAAUAUUUAUAUGCGCAGGAGAGUUUAUUCCUGAUUUUAAUCAUUUAUCAGUCGAAGUUGUCAUUUUCUAGUCUUUAGCAUUUACUUUUUAUGAGUCAAUGACCAUUGCCUAUGGUCCAUUGAUCAAUCAUAAAUUGGAAGAAAAAAAAUUGAUGAACAAAAAUGAUUGAAUUUCAACAGUACCAAACGCACAAUAUCUCAAACUGGAUCGGAGAGGAUGAAAACAGCGGACAAUUGCUCGGGUUUAAAUGGCGAGGUGGUCGAAAGCGAGAAACCACUGGAAUUUUAAUGUGGUCUGAAAUCUUUACUCAUGAUUACGAAAAUGGUGACAAAGUGGCAAUCAUUCUGCUUGACACCCAAGGAUUUUUCGAUGGUCGAACGAGUAUACGGGAUUGUUCGACAAUUUUUGCUUUGAGCACCAUGUUAUCAUCGGUUCAGUGUUACAAUUUAAUGCACAACAUUCAAGAAGAUAACUUGCAACACCUGCAAUUGUUCACUGAAUAUGGUCGAUUGGCUCUUGAACAAACCAAUGAAAAACCAUUUCAAUAUUUGCUGUUCCUUGUGCGCGACUGGCAAUAUGCCUAUGAAAUUGAUUACGGUUGGUACGGACCCGAAGUGAUUGAUGAUCUUCUAGUGAAUAUCGAUGAGCAAACGGCUGAAAUGCGUGAAUUGAGGCAUCGCAUCAAUUCGAGUUUUGAAGAUAUUGGCGCAUUUUUAAUGCCACACCCCGGAUUGAUUGUGGCACAAGGAGAACACUUCACCGGUGAUUUGAAACAAAUCGAACCGAAUUUUAUGAAAUACACCAAAUUGUUGACGCCGCUUCUUUUUGCACCGGAAAAUCUCAUUGUGAAGAAAAUCAACGGGGAAAAUGUUCGGGCUCGUGAUUUGGUGCAAUAUUUACAAGCGUAUUUGAACAUUUUCAAUGAUAAAUCGCUGCCGGAACCAAAAACGGUUUUAUUGGCAACCGCUGAAGCUAACAAUGUGAUACUGCAGAAUGAUUGUGUGAAUUUGUAUGUUGACUUAAUGCAAAAAUCUCUUGAUACAACCCAAUCAUUUUUCACCGAACUUGAACUCAACGAUCUUCAUCAGAAUGCCAAAUAUAAAGCUAUGAAACAGCCGUCUUGAAGAUGUUAUAGAAGAAAAAUUCGCUGUAUUUAAACGUGCCCACGAGGAGAAGCACCGGAAUUUCAUUGAAAAAGCGAAGCUCACGAAUGAAAAUGUUGUGAAUGUGGCAACCGAAAUGGCAAAGGGAAAAAUGAUCAGCAAAGUGAAUGCAAAGCCGAAUUUAAGCGACUCCGACUUGAUCACUUCAUUUGCAAUUGUAAAAAAGGCUUCUUUCGACUGGUUCGACAAAGAAAAAAUGGGUGACGAUGGAAUAUCAAGUGGUACUCGCCGGAAACUUGAACGGAAUUUAGAUGAUUUGCAGUCAUUACUGAACAAAAUGUUGACAUUCAACGAUGAGUCUUUGAAUUUCUACAUGAGUUCCAUGCAAACAUCCAUCGAUCAAGUCAAAAUCUACUUCAAUGAAACGGAACUCAUGCAACUGCAUCAAAAGACGAAAAAUGCAUCUGUGGCACAGUUUCAAGAGAAAUUCGGAUCUGAUGGUCUUGUCACAUCGUUUCAACGCAGAUAUCGUUUGAUUGUCGAAGAAAAGUUGCCAUUAUUCCAACGACAAAAUGAACUGAAGCGCAAAACGUUCAUUGAAAAAGCAAAUGCGCACAAUGAACAAAUCAGCAGAGAAAUCAAAGCGAUCAUUGAAGAGGGAGCCAUGGCUGAAAUUAGCCAAAAGCACUUAGACGAAUAUGAAUUGAACGGUCUAUUUCUUGGAAUGAAGGAUGUCGCUCUUGAAAUGUUCGAUGCUCAGAAAAUGUGUGACGGCAACAUCUCCAAAAAGAAUCGCGAUAAGCUUGAAGAAGAUUUGAUUAAAUUCCGAUCAACACUCACUGAACACAACAAAAAAUCGCGUUUCAAUUAUCGAUAUUGGUGAAAUUGAUCCAAUCUUUGUCCUCUUUACUUGCUUUCUGCAAUCAAUUUUCAAAUUUGAUUUUUAAAAAACAAGAUUUUUGUAUAAACAAGAGUACUUCAAGACAGUGAGUUAUUCUGGUGAAAAACUACCGGUUUCUAUCACAUAACGUGAAAUAUAGAUAUCACAAGGAAAUAAAGAAUGGAUUUGAAAAAUAAAA